GCGGGAGAUUUUGUGGCGGAGGCAGUCUGAAAUGGCGCGUGGAUGUUAUGUGCCUCCAUUCUUUAUCCCUCGAAGCUUCCUUCUCUUAGUUUUUCGGCUGAUACUAAAACUAAGUUGCUGCUUCGUUCCGCAGCUUCUUUUCCUCCGCCAUCUAAGUUAUCAGCUCUCAAUUGCAAGGCAGCUGGCCAAACCUCGCCCACUCCCACCGUCUAGCAGGGAGUUUAUGGCCCUUGGACCCUUGAUUCUUCCGACGUUCGAGAGUUUCCAGCCGCUCCUUUAUAUUCGUCCUAGACGGCGCUCUGCUCCUGUUUCCUUGCAUUCAUCCUACCGCCCUGUGUCUCUCGCGAACUCCCGUUGGGAUUUUAGGGUUCGCGAUCCAGACGGUUGCUUCUUGAUCAUCAUGGUUCUUCAAAACGACAUCGAUUUGCUCAAUCCUCCGGCUGAACUCGAGAAGAGAAAACACAAGCUCAAGCGUCUCGUACAGUCGCCCAACUCAUUCUUCAUGGACGUGAAGUGUCAGGGUUGCUUUAACAUAACGACUGUAUUCAGUCAUUCACAAACAGUCGUGGUAUGUGGGAAUUGCCAGACGGUCUUGUGCCAGCCAACUGGAGGGCGCGCUAGGCUAACAGAAGGGUGCUCCUUCAGAAGAAAGGGCGACUAAGUCCUUAUCUCAGAAUUGGCUUGCAGUAGGAUCAGGAUGGGUGGGUUUGAAUUUUGAUAUUGCAAUUGAGCACAUUUUGUCUUUGUCUCGGGUUUUCUUCGUUAUGGAUGUUGAUUAUUCAAUUUUGUUUGAGAAGAAGAGCAUUUAGGCACCGUUGUUGCAGUACAUUGAUCUUAAUGUUAUCCAUGAAACUAAGUUUUGUUUGAAGGAAUUCACAUCAAGUGUUUUUGCGAGCUCCCCAAUUCCUUUUAA